GUCUGUUUUUAAGUUGAGUUUAUAAUAAGGGAAUAUGUUGAAUAAACAAAAUUAUAUAGUUAUAAGUAUAAUGUUUAUCUUUAUAUUGAUAAGUUCAUUGUAUAUAGGAAAUUCGGGAGCUUUAAAAUGUUAUGUUUGUCAAAAUUGUACAAAUCUCACAGCUAAAGCUAGCUUCACAAUUAGCAGUAACUGUAAAUUCUGCCAGAAAAUAGUCAAACUAAAAAAUGGUGUUUUAAACGCUACAACUAGGGAUUGUAUAACAGAUACAUGUACUGCAUCGAAUAAAUCUCAAUCACCAUGGGUAAAUAUCACUACAUGUUGUACAAAAAGAGAUCUAUGCAAUCAAUCAAUUAGAAUAUCAUCUGAAAUCAAUAUUCAAUUAAUUUGGAUACUUUUUAGUAUAUGGAUAUGGUAUAACUGUUAAUUGGAAAUAAUAAUAAUUUUUAAAAAAAAGUUUUUUUAAACGAUGUGUUCUUUUUCUUUACCCCAUAAAUGAUCUCAUUGCAUAAUGGUAAUGUUAGAUAGUUUGUAGUGGCUUUGCUUCGUCAAUCAAUCCCCUUGAUAACUGUUACUAUAUA